CCCCCUCCCACCUCCACAACCAGGAAAGACUCAAGUCAAGGCCGAGAGAGGCACGCCAGGAGACCACCUGUGGCUCAAGGACUGGGCUGGUCUCCUGGGUCCCCAAGGCAGGAUUAUAUGUCUGGGGAACAUUGCCACAAGGCCCCUUCACUGUUAGAGUUCUGUGGCUCCCGGUGGCGGCUUCUUAUUUAGGAUUCGAUGUUUCCCUCUCAUCAUCCACCUCUGCCAGGGCAGAGUGAGCUGUCCGCGCAGCAGAGGUGAGUCCUCAGAGAGGUGGGUCUGGUGCAAGCUGGAGCCUGAAGCCACGGAGGGCAAAGGUGGUCCGAAGCGGGCCAAAGCCCGGGAGAGCGGAGACUGACCCUCGAGCCAGAGGUGGGGCCUCGGGCCUGUGGGUGGAGCCAAGAGCUGAAAAAGGACGUCCAGUCUAGCAGGAAGAGUGGAAGCUCAGGACCAGAGGCUGCAGCCGGGAACUGAGAGCGCUGAUUCUGCAGCCAAAACGGUGGGGACUUAGGCCUGCGGCCGGAGCGAGGAGCUGAAAGACCGGUGUCCAGUGAGGCCGGCAGAGGCGGAGCCUCAGGCAGGGGGCGGGACUGAGCCUCCACGGGCAGGGCCUCUGGCCAAGGGUGGGGCCGAGCCCGGAAAGCCACGGUGGCGUCGGUGGCAUCGGUGUCCGGAAGCAGGCGGGUCCGCCGGCCGCCCUCGCUGGGCCGCGUGGCGGUGGUGAUAGACCCGGGCUCGGGCUUCAUCAAGGCGGGCUUCGCGGGUGAGCACCAGCCGCGCCUGGUGCUGAAGAGCUCCAGCUGGGACCGGCCCUUGCUGCCCGUUGUGCUGGGCUGCGAGCGGAUGGGUGGUGUGACGCGGGCGCACCCCAUCAAGCACGGCUUGGUAGUGGACUGGGAGGCGCUGGAGGGGCUGUGGGAGCGCCUACUGGUGGGUGGCCUGCGGGUGUGCCCAGAGCAGUGGCCCGUGCUAGUGAGUGAUUCGCCGUCAGCGCCGCCCGUGGGCCGCGAGAGGAUAGCCGAGCUGCUGUUCGAGGCGUUGGCAGUGCCCGCGUGCCACAUGGCCAGCACAGCAUUGCUGGCGCUCUGCUCCACCGGCGCGUUCAGCGGGCUGGCGGUGGAGGCAGGCGCGGGCGUGUGCCACGCCACACCCAUCUAUGCUGGACACUCUUGGCACGAGGCCACGUUCCGGCUGGACGUGGCAGGCAGCACCCUGUCACGCUACUUGCGGGACCUGCUGGAGGCAGCAUGCCCCCACCUACAGCUGCGGUCCCUGCCCCGAAAGGCCAUCACACAGCUCAAGAAACGCUGCUGUUAUGUGUCGCUGGACUUUGAGGGUGACCUUCGUAACCAAGACCGCCAGCAUCCGGUCAGUGUCUGCUUAGGCAACGGCUCCUGUGUCUGUCUCAGCAGCGAGCGCUUCCGCUGCCCAGAGCCCAUUUUCCAGCCAAGUCUACUAGGCCAGGCCAAGCCAGGACUGCCUGCACUGGUCUUCCGGGCGCUGCAGAAGGUUCCCAUAACACUACGGAAGCGGCUGGCUGAUACUGUGGUGCUGGCCGGUGGCUCCACACUUUUCCCUGGCUUCACUGAGCGCCUGGAAAUGGAGCUGGAGGCACAGUGCCGGAGGCACGGCUAUGGGGCCCUGAGGCCUUGCUUGGUGGCCAAGCCUGGGCGUGGCACAGCAGUAUGGACCGGUGGCUCCAUGGUAGCCUCCUUGCACUCCUUCCAAUGUCGCUGGAUAACCCGGGCCAUGUACCAGGAGUGUGGCUCCAGGCUGGUGCACGAAGUGUUCAACUGAGUCACUGGACGGGAGGUGCCACAUGAGGGGCAGCAGGGGCAGAGGCUUGGCGGGCUGAGCUAUCAGAGGCAUUGAGUUCCAGAUUAAAGUCUCAAGCG